AUGGAUGAAGAUCGGGAACGACGCGUAUUAUCUUCUGAUGUCGAAGUCAACGACCCAGAGCUACAAGAUGAGACCAAAGGGAAAGGCUCAGGGCCAGCAAGGGAUGAUCCGUUUGGAUCUGAAGAAGUCGCAGAAGUGAAAUAUCGGACGAUGAACUGGUGGCAAUGUGGAAUGCUCAUGAUUGCUGAAAAUACUUCUUUGGGAAUUCUCUCUAUUCCAUCGACUGUUGCUGUUCUAGGAAUGGUUCCAGCUGCAAUUCUGCUUGUCUUUUUAUCGACACUAUCCUGGUAUACUGGCUAUAUUAUCGGACAGUUCAAGAUUCGUUUCCCCCAUGUCCAUAGUAUGGGCGAUGCAGGAGAAAUCCUAUUCGGUCGCCCCGGACGUAUAGUGCUGGAGAUCGGACAGCUUUUACUUCUGAUCUUUGUCAUGUCAAGCCACAUCCUAACAGGAACAAUCGUACUCAGCACUAUCACUGAUAACGGAGCCUGUGGUAUUGUGUUUGGUGUCGUUUCGCUAAUCAUUUGCUUCCUCGGUGCGCUUCCACGCACAAUGGCCAAAGUAUAUUGGUUAUCACUUAUCUUGACCAUGGUCAGCAUCGGGGUCGAGUCCGAGGGUCCUAUUGAAAUCCAUGUCGUCCGACAGGUCAGCUUCUAUGAAGGAUUUCUGGCAUUCUGCAAUAUCAUGUUUGGUUUCAUUGCCCAUGUGACCUUUUUCGGUCUUAUAGCAGAAACACAGGAUCCGAAAACCUUCCCCAAGUCUCUGGCUAUGCUUCAGAUUACAGAUGGCGUUAUGUAUCUUGUAUCUGGCUUGGUCAUCUAUCGAUUUGCCGGACCAAAUGUCAAAUCUCCCGCUCCUUCCUCGGCGGGUCCGCUCAUGAAGAAGAUUUGCUAUGGCCUCGCAAUUCCAACGGUUUUCAUUGCUGGUAUAGUCGUUGGUCACGUCGCCUGCAAAUAUGUUUACGUCAGGGUCCUGCGCGGCUCUGCUCACAUGCAUAAGAGAAGCUUUGUGGGCAUUGGAACAUGGAUCGGAAUCGGAGGUCUUCUUUGGGUUAUUGCUUGGAUUAUUGCUGAGUCAAUUCCGGGAUUCAAUGAUCUUCUUAGUUUUGUCAGCGCACUGUUUGGAAGUAUCUUUAGUUUUGCUCUUCCCGCUGUCUUCUGGUUCUACAUGAACAAGGGCCGGUAUUUUUCCACCGCAUCGAAGGCUUGCCUGACCGUUCUCAACCUUGUCAUCUUUGCAAUCGGUUGUUUCAUGUGCGGAGCCGGUCUUUAUGUCUCAGGUCGGGCUCUUAAUGAGACCGCUUCCCACCACAGCUGGUCAUGUAGCGCAAGUGACUAG